AUGUCUGCACCACCAUCAAGAGUAGGUACACGUCAUUAUCAGCCGAAAACUAAAGAAUUAUUCCGCCGUUGGAGGCGAAGCGCUUCGGGCGGUGUAAGAACAUGUGAAUUCCACAGGUGGAAGGGGCAGCGUUCGUUACGCCUAACGCAGCAGCGUCUACUCACUACAACAACAACACUAUUGUUACUGCCUGCCGCCGAAACGGAUAAACGACGCUCAAAACUUAUCAUUCAUUCGUCAGCGCCUGUUGGUCAAAUGGUAGCCAUGUUUUUUGUGCCUUUAGUUCGGUAA